AUGGCGGUGGGUCUCUGGGGCAGCGUAGCAACACUAAUCAGGGAGGCAUCGUUAUCGACCAGGUCUCACCCUGGCAGCGGCAGCGGCACACCAGUACUUUCGUUUUCUGGCCUAAUUCCUAAUCGUCUAUGGAGCCGGGUGAGGAACCAGGUGACUUCACGAGGUACACGAGCAGGUUCAUUGGCCGCCGGAACAACCGCGCUGCCUUUGGCCGCUGGCCCAACGGCAGGUCUUUCGGCCAGCCGCGUAACUGCGGGUCACUUGGAAGCCGGCCAAACUGCGGAGCCUUUGCCCACCGGGACAGGGGCUGUGACCCCUGGCGAAACUGAAGGAUCUCUGGCCGUCGAGACCAUUGCGGCACGUUCGUCAUCUCUGCCCACGAUAGGAACGCGUGAGCAGGCGGAGCAGGUGCUCCAAGCGAUACAGGCUCUGCGUAUGGCAAAAGAUCGGCAGAAACGCAAUAGGAAGAAGCAAAGACGUGAGAGCGGCCAGCAAACGACGGGGGACGUCUCGUCAGAGCCCACCGAUGCCUCUGGAGAGAAGCUGGAAGUACGCUUCGUGAGCCUAGAGCAGCAACUCCCAGACACGAGCGAUAAGUGUGCGGUCACCUGUCUGAGCAUCAUCCUCCUGCUGAUCUCCAUUGCACUCCUGGUUAUUUUGGCGUUUCUCUUUGCGGAAGGCAGUGAGUGAAGUGAAAUUGUUUUCCUUUUUUAUGGCAAAGAACAGCAGCGGCAAUGCUGCAGGUCACAAG